AUGCUCACCGUCUCGCAUGAUCAGGGGAGUACCUGGAGUCGCCCAACCUGCUUGCAUGGGGACAAUGAUCCCCGUCGUGAUGGUAUGAAUGGUAUUGCGCGCACAUUUGAUAAUGGCCGGGAGGCUCUCGUGAUGGUCUUUGAAACUACGACGUAUGGUCCGUUUAAUGUCGAAGCGCUGAUCUCCUACGAUGACGGCGCCUCCUGGCACAAUAGGCACCAGGUCUUCCGACCCCGACAGGGACACAAUGCGGGUUCCCCGCAAGUUGCCUCGUUCGCGGAUGGCUCCCUGGUCUGUGUCUUCAUGACGGAUGAUGAUUCGGAUCAAGUGGCCUGGGUCAAACAUGCUUCCAUUAAGGUUUGCUUCGCAGGUCCUCCCCAGAAUGGACAGCUUAGGUGGGGACCCCCAAUUAUGGUUUCGCCAGCAUCUAGCUUCUGGCCUGGAGUGAUGGCCUUGGAUCAUCACACGGCCCUGGUCACGUAUGAUCGAGGAGGGCCUUUGGCCAAGUCGGUUACCUGGCAGACAUGGUAA